UGACAAUUUUAUUGCGCAAGUAUAUUAAUACAGAAACUAUCUCACCAUCCAACAGGGUAACAAUGAGUCUCCUUCUGCCAUACCCGAAUGCUACAAUAGUUGCUUUCUUUGCCAUAUUUCUCUGUACUUUCUACGUCCUAAGGCGGUCCAAGUUGCCUAAACAAAACUUAGCACCGGUAGCUGGGGGUGGAUGGCCUAUAAUCGGUCACCUGCCCCUGUUAGCAGGAUCUCAGCUUCCACAUGUAGCCUUAGGAGCCUUGGCCGAUAGGUACGGUCCGGUUUUAACCAUCCAAGUUGGGUUAUUCCCAACCUUGGUGAUCAGUAGUUGGGAAGUGGCCAAGGAAAUAUUCACCACCAACGAUGUAGCUGUAUCGUCCCGUCCCCGGGUUCUAGCUGUAAAACUCUUAUCCUAUGACCAAGCGGGUUUUGCGUUUGCCCCUUACGGUGCAUUCUGGCGUGAAAUCCGCAAAAUAAUAUCAGUAGAGCUUUUUUCCAACCGGAGGCUUCAGCUUCUAAAACAUGUUCGAGCCUCUGAAGUGGGGAAUUCGGUGAAGGAGUUACACAAGCAGUGGACAAAGAAGAAGAGUACUGACUCUGGUCAUGUUUUAGUUGAAAUGAAGCAGUGGUUUGGGGACAUAAAUUUGAAUGUGAUUCUUCAGAUGGUUGCGGGAAAAAGGUUCUUCGGUGCCAGUGCUGAUGAAAAAGAGUCAAGGCGAUGUCAAAAAGCAUUUAGGGAGUUUUUCCACUUGUCAGGGCUGUUUGUCUUAAGGGAUGCGGUUCCAUUUCUUGGGUGGCUAGAUUUUGGUGGAUUUGAGAAGGCCAUGAGGAGAAAUGGAAAAGAAUUGGACAGUAUAAUUGGUGAAUGGUUAGAGGAGCAUCGGAAGAAGAGAAAAUCUGUUGAGACUGCUGAUACUGAGAAAGAUUUCAUGGAUGUAUUACUUUCAGCACUGGAAGGCAUCGACCUUGCAGGUUUUGAUGCUGAUACAGUUAACAAAGCCACAUCCGCGGUUCUAAUUUCAGGAGGAACUGACACUACAACCGUGAGCAUAACGUGGGCUCUCGCAGUGCUGCUGAACAAUCCUCUUGUAUUGAGAAGGGCACAAGAAGAAUUGGAUGCUCAUGUUGGCAAGGAAAGAUUGGUAAACGAAUCAGACAUCGAUAAGCUUGUGUACCUCCAGGCCAUAGUGAAAGAGGCACUCCGGUUAUAUCCAGCCGCACCGCUCUCAGGACCUCGGGAGUUCACUGAGGACUGCACAAUAAAUGGUUACCAUGUUCCGGCAGGCACUCGCCUAAUUGUGAACCUUUGGAAGAUCCAAAGAGACCCGCGAGUGUGGUGUGAGCCAUUCGCGUUCAGGCCUGAGAGAUUUCUCACAACCCACAAGGGUGUUGAUGUUAAGGGGCAGCAUUUUGAGCUUAUCCCAUUUGGUGCAGGAAGAAGAAUAUGUCCUGGAUGGGCGUUUGGCAUUCAAAUGACUCAGUUGGUGCUGGCCAGUGUAAUCCAAGCGUUUGAGAUAUCAACUCCAGCAAAUGCAGCAGUUGACAUGACUGAAACUGCUGGAUUAACAAACGUCAAAGCCACUCCACUUGAAGUCAUGAUCAAGCCUCGCUUGUCUCCCAGUGUCUAUGAAUAAGGAUUGUAAAAUGAAUUUCCUCGCACGAGUUGUCGCUAAUAAGGCCUAGUUUGGGUUCAAUUGGUAUGCGGCACUGGCUAUCUAGAAUUACUGUGUAAUUAUGCUUUGCUUGUUUUCCUCUUUGGCUUGUGUGGAAUCUUGUAUCUGAGUGUUAUAUAUUUGUUUUGUUAACUGAAGCAGUGUUAAACUUGCUUUGAACA